GAAGUAGUCUUGUGGUCACAUGUAGUUUAGAGCCAUGUUUUAACCUGGCAUCUUCAUGGGUGAAUUCCUGUACUCUUUUCAUUACCCAGUUAAUGAAGCACCGACAACAAGGUUAUGCAACACAGAUCUUUGAAGCUACCUUUAUGUAGAUGAAACUUUCAGAAGCAGCACUCCAUUUUGGAACCUACCUUUUUUGAGAGCAUAUUGGACUUUCCAAGGCACCUUCUGUCUGGGCUACAUAUAUUGCUUACUCCUAAAUAUAUCAGAGGACAAUGAGGUCUUUUUAUUUUUUGUGUAUUUUCACACUAUAUAGUGAAGUUUCUUCCAUCUCAUUUUGUUCAAUGGGAAAAACUUGAGCAAGACUUGUGGUUGCUUUUUAUUUUACUAGAUUUCCCUUAAGGAGCCAAAUCUUUAUGAAACAUGUCCACCAUAGCUUUAUUGGUAUUUUUUUCAUUUGUGACUGAGACAGUAUAUUAAUUUCAGCAUAUUUUAGCUGUUUUGGUUUGAACCUGGCUUUCUGAAUUGCAACAUAUAUCAUAAUGCAAGGAAUUAAAUUAUUUCACGUUUUCAGAAAAUAAUUUGUAUAUAUCAGAAAUAUUUUAUGGCUAUUCAUGGCUCAUUAAUAUAGCAGUUUAACGGUACUAAUAUGAGGCAUUGCAUUAAUUGUUGCAUACAGUUAUUACCAAAUGACUUGCACAAACAGUGUUUCAGAUGCCGUGGGUCUAAUCAUAUUAACCAGAAGUGUCCUGUGUGCAAACAAGGAAAUAUAAUUCCUUUGUAUGUGGAUAGUAAGCAGAUGAACUUGCUAGCAGUUUUGGAAGUAAGGACUGAUCAUAAUGAAAGCUGGAAUGGAUUUUUUUGCUUGAGGAAAGGGAAGCUAUGCAGCUUGAUAUUUGGGUUGAUAAUAAUGACUUUAGUGAUGGCAUCAUACAUACUGACUGGAGCCAAACAUGGCCUAUUACUAAUACCUUCGCCAUUCCAUUAUGGAGCUUUUACUGGCAAUCCAAACUUAAUGGACAAUGAAAGCCUUAGUGAGACGAAAGACCAUUACCAGCCUUCUAAAAUUAAUAUUUCAUAUGUAAGGGAUUAUCCAAGCAUUAAAUUAAUUAUUGACACUAUUACUUCAAAGAUUGAGUUUAUAAACAGACAACGUCCAGAUUUAGAAGACCUGAAGAAACAAGAACUGCAUAUGUUUUCAAUAAUUCCUAAUAAAUUCCUUCCAAAUAGCAAGAAUCCUUGUUGGUAUGAAGAAUAUAGAGGAAAUACUACAACAGAUCCUUACACAACAAACUCAUAUGCACUGUAUUCAAAGCGUUUUCGGACCAUAUUUGAUUACCUCAGAAAAGUAUUUUGGAACCACUUGUAUCAUUAUAAGGAUAAGCACUAUCGGCUGCGCUGUCUUCCUCAUUUCUACAUAAUAGGCCAGCCAAAAUGUGGAACGACCGAUCUUUAUGACAGGCUCAGGUUACACCCAGAUGUUAGAUUCUCAGCAAUUAAAGAACCACACUGGUGGACAAGGAAGCGAUUUGGAAUAAUUCGUCUGAGGGAUGGAUUUCAUGAUCGCUACCCAGUGGAAGAUUACCUUGAUCUGUUUGACUUGGCUGCAUAUCAGAUUCAGGGUGUGUUACAGAGUGAUGUAACAAAAGGGCACAGCAAGAUGAACCACAUCAUCAUUGGAGAGGCCAGUGCUUCUACAAUGUGGGAUAACAAUGCCUGGGUUUUCUUCUAUGACAACAGUACUGAUGGAGAACCUCCAUUUUUAAUCCAGGAUUUCAUCCAUGCUUUCCAGCCCCAUGCCAAACUUAUCGUCAUGCUGAGGGAUCCUGUUGAAAGAUUGUAUUCGGAUUAUCUGUACUUUGCAAGUGCGAAUAAAUCCGCAGAAGACUUUCAUGAAAAAGUGGCAGAAUCCCUGCAGCUGUUUGAAAAUUGCAUGCUGGAUUACUCACUGAGAGCCUGUGUCUACAACAACACCCUUAACAAUGCCAUGCCUGUGAGGCUACAGGUUGGCCUUUAUGUUGUGUAUCUCUUGGACUGGCUGACUGUUUUCGACAAGGGUCAGAUACUAGUUCUCCGCUUAGAGGAUCAUGCAUCCAAUGUUAAAUACACCAUGCAUAUGGUGUUCCAGUUUCUGGAUUUAGGGCCUAUAAGUGAGAAACAAGAAGCUCUAAUUACAAAGAGUCCUGCAUCAAACACUAGACGUCCUGAAGACCGAAAUCUGGGACCCAUGUUACCAACGACAAAGGCAAUUCUAAGAGACUUCUAUAGGCCUUUUAAUACAAAACUGGCGCAAGUUCUUUUUGAUGAUGCUUUUUUAUGGAAAAAGACAUAAUAUGUAAAUUCACUUCCACAAAUACACUGCUUUAAGGAGUUUUUAUUUUUUAAAGUCUAUUUUUGCGUGCACAUAUUUACAUUUUAUCCAUUCCAAGGAGAAGCAAAUCUAAUGAGAUGAGAGUUCUCUUCCCUUAGCAUACGAUAUUUCACUGAAGCUAGAUCACAUUUUCCUUGUCAGAAUGUAAAACAUCCUGCUUAUCAAUCUCUUGCCAUUUCUUUCCCCCCCAGCAACAGAGCAGUAUGGAAAUAGCAUUGGAAUGAAGGAGUUCUUUUACACUGUCUGGCUGUGGUUUUGAAGUUUAAUCUUCUCUAAAACAGUACAAUACAUAAUUAGCAUUGAUCUCUUAAAACCACACUUAUGUCAUCACUUUCAAGGUAUGUUCUCCCCUCAUUCAUUCCAAAGUAAUAAAAAAUAUCCAUUAGCCAUUAAAAUCUUUAUUUGAAUUUAAUCCAAAAUUCUUUUUUUAUUACUACAGCGCAUCAACACAUAGUGCAGAAUCUGUUCACCCAGAUUAAUGCUAUUACUUUAGUUAAUUAACUAAUCUGAUAUAUAAAAACAUAACCAAGUGACUUUUCAAUGUAUUACUGCAUUUAAAUAAUUCCCAAACCUAAUUAACUCCUCCAAAUUUGGUACAGUUUGUAGUAAAAGAAGAAUUGCAUAUUCAGUGCAAGAAUGAGUAAUUUGAAAGUAUUAAGUUAAAGAAAAAGCUAUACAUUUUUGGGCAUAAUAUAGAAUAACAGAAAUACACAAGUUUCUAUUUGAUUUUUUUUAAUUUUACUUAUUUAAAUGCAUAUAUGUAGAGUCCACUCAGCUACAUAUUUUCCCAAGAAACCAAUAAUGGGUCUGAUGUUAAGUCCAGUGAUAUCAGUGGAAGUCUUUUGUUUCAGUGGGAUUUGGAUCAGGCCCUACAUGAAUUAUUGUGUAAUUUUCCAUUAUAAAGAAACAUGUUGAAUUUCUGAAACCAUUUAAAACCUAAUCACUAAAUUCAUAUACUGGUACCAUACAGUAUCAUACAUGACAGUAUAAUGCCUUACAUUCUAGUAGGAUAGGUACAGAUAUACUGAUGAAAUUGCACACAUUCUUUGUUUCCCUGUUUGGACAAUUUGUAUGCCUCUAGACCAAAGUAAGUUCAGCUGUACAAUAUUUCAUGCUUUUUAUUUACAAUACAGCAAGCUACAUUCACCUUUCAGUUACACCCACACAACCUCAUUGAAGGCAGAAUUUGGCCCAGUAUAUUCUAACUGUAAAGUUGACUUAUUUUUUAAAUUAGAGUGGAUUAUAGCCAAAUAAAGACACUUAUUUCAGUAUAGUUUCUUCUCAAGGGCUAGGUGAUACCUUCACUGAAAUGAAUCCAAACUGGAUCAACUACAGCUGAUGCACCAACGUCCAAAGAACCAGUUCUAACUAGUAUAUUGUGCUCUUACUUUUGGAUACUAUCAUUUUGCUGUUGUGCCUGUGUCCAUAGUAGAGCUGGCUGAAUAAUAAUAAUAAAAAACAGAUGCGCAAACAUAUUUGCAAAUAAUCGUACUGACUUCACUGCGUUGCUGUCUGUGGGGUCAUAUUAUUUAUUAUUUACCAGUAU